AUGAACGCCUCGGGCAGUGCCGGCGGCCUGGUGGGAACCAAUAACAGCGGCAGCGCGACCAUCAGCAAUAGCUACGCGACGGGCAAGGUCACCUCCACCGGCGGCUAUGUCGGCGGCCUGGUGGGCCUGUUGCGUGGAACCUUGAGCAACAGCUAUGCGACGGGCGACGUGCAGACCACCGGGCUGGCCGGCGGCGUGGUCGGCUACAACGUGGGCGGCACCAUCACGAAUGUCUAUACCACCGGCAAGGUGACGGGCGGCGGCGCCAGCGUGGGCGCCAUUGUCGGCGAGCACAAUUCGGGCUCCGUCAACCGCGCCUAUUUUGACAGCACGAUCAAUUCCGGCCUGAAUGGCAUCGGCCAGAGCUUCAAUGGCGCCACCUCAAACGCGCAAGGGCUGAGCACGGCGCAGAUGCUGGUAUCGAGUAAUUAUGUGGGGUUCAAUUUCACGACCACGGGCGGCGCCACCGGCAAUAAUUGGGUGGCGGUCAGCGCCGACGGCACCCUCAAUGGCGCUGCCGGCACGCGCCCCAUGCUGGCGUCGGAGUGGUCAAAUACCAUCAAUUCCACGCACCAGCUGCAAUUGAUGGCGAUGAACAAGACAGCCACCUACACGCUGGGCAGCAGCUUCAGCGCCGCCACGACGGCGGCCAAUGGCCAGGAUAUCUGGGGAACCACUGGCUUCAUCCCCGUCGGCACGGCAGGUUCGGCCUUCACGGGCAGCCUCGACGGCACCGGCCAUAUCAUUUCCAGCCUGACCAUUGCCAAGGCGGGCGUGAACAACGUGGGCCUGUUCGGCGCCAUCGGCAGCGGCGGGGUGGUGGCGAAUGUGGGCUUGUCCGGUGGCAGCGUAGCGGGCGGCACGAAUGUGGGCGCCCUGGCCGGCAGCAAUGCCGGCACGAUCAGCGGCAGCUUUGCCACCAGCGGCGUGACGAGCACGUCCACCGGAGGCGGCCUGGUGGGCAGCAAUACGGGCACGGUGGCGGACAGCUAUGCCAGCGGGGCCGUGAGCGGCACCAGCAUCGUCGGCGGCCUCGUCGGCAGCAAUGGCGGCAGCAUCGCCAACAGUUAUGCGAACGGCAGCGUGAGCGGUUCCAGCAGUGUGGGCGGCCUGGUGGGCGCCAGUACGGGCAGCACUACGGGCAGCUAUUGGGACACGACGGCCAGCGGCCAGGCGAAUAGCAUGGGCGGUACCGCCAUGACGACGGCGCAGCUGAAAAACCUGUCGAAUUACACGGGCGCCGGCUGGGAACUGGCGCAGAUGUGGGUGGUCUACGACGGACAGAGCGCGCCUUUCCUGCGCUCGUUCAUGAAGCAGAUCGCCGUGCGCGUUUCCUACGACAGCAAGGUGUAUGACGGCGUGGCCUACGCAGGCGGCAGCAAUAGCGUCACCUACUCGAACACGGUGGAUGGCGCCAGUCUGUUGGGCACGCCCGUGUAUGCGGGCAAUGCCGCCGGCGCAGUCAAUGCGGGCACCUAUGGCGUGUCGGCCAGCGGCCUGUACGCUUCGGGCGGCCAGUCCGGCUACGCCAUCAGCUAUAUCGAUGGCGGCCUGUUGAUCACGCCCAACAAGAAUGCCGGCAACGGCAUCGCCGUGACAGUCAACGCGGCCCUGGGCGGCAGCGCCGGCGGCAACUAUGCGCUGGUGCCCGUGAACGGCUUGACGGGCAAUAUCAGCAAGGCCACCAUCAGCGGCGUGAGCGGCAUUGUUGCUGGAAAUAAAGUGUAUGACGGCACCGCCACGGCCAGCCUGAACACGGCGGGCGCCACGUUCGCGGGCAUGAUCGGUGGCGACAGCCUGAGCGUGUCGGGCGCCAGCGGCAGUUUUGCCGACAAGAACGCGGGCACAGGCAAGACGGUCAGCAUCAGCGGCAUCGUGCUGGGCGGCACGGAUGCCGGCAACUACAAUUUGACCGGCACCACGGCCAGCAGCACGCCGAUAUCAGCAAGGCCACCAUCAGCGGCGUGA